AUGAACAACACGUCUUUUAUACCUCAUCUUCGGCGAGUCAUUGCUUACCUCAAGCAAGCCAAGAUGUUAUUCAGAUCUUCUCAUCCGGAGAUCGAUAUUCCCUCUCAUAUCACAACACAUGCAUUCCUCUUCGAUAAUACCAACGAGUACUUCCCACCCCAGGAGAACGGUACCAAACCAAAAGGCUUCACCAAUACAUCAACACUCUCUCGCAUUACUCACCCAGAAAUCCAAACUCUCGCAAGCAACAUCUGCACAUCCCUGGUUCUUGAGCAUGGCCUUCAGCCAGGAGAUGUCGUCUCAAUAUGUUCUCCAAACACGAUCGAGUACCCUGCCAUCUUAUAUGGCAUCAUGCGAGCUGGUGGUAUCCCAGCGUUGAGCUCCCGAGCAUUCAAUGAAGAUGAGAUGAUGCAUGUAUUCAAGACGGUGGACUGUAAAUUGGUGUUUUGCUUGAGCGAAACUGUUAGUGUGGUGAAGGGAGCUUUGAGAAAGCUCGGGAGGAAAGAUUCUUGUGUUGUUGCGACUGAUGAAAACAGAAAUGUUGGUGGUUUGGUUGGUGUCAAGUCCUUGAAAAGGAUGAUCGAAGAGGGUCGAAGUGUUCGCCAGGUGAAAGCGUGGGAGAUUCCGCGUGGGAAGAGUAACAGCGAGAUUUGUGCUCUUUUGUGUUUCAGUAGUGGGACUACUGGAUUACCAAAAGCUGUCAUGAUCUCGCAUCAAAACAUAAUCGCACAAUGCCUUCAGCUCAUCCCAACAACAUCGUCAGACCACAAAACAGUUCUCGGCCUGCUCCCCUUCUAUCACAUUACGGGUGUGGUGAAGAUGCUUGUUCUGCCCUUCGUUAUUGGUGCAGAAGUCGUCAUCCUCCCACAAUUCACCAUGAAGGGCUUGCUCUCAACAAUCGAGCAGUACCGAAUUGCCGAAGUACAGGUAGUGCCCCCGAUAAUCAUUCGCUUGGUCAACGAUCCCAGCGCCAAAGAUUACGACCUUUCUUGCAUUAAGCGCUUUGCAUCGGGUGCAGCACCGAUCAGUGAGUCUAUCAUUGUCCUUACCAGAUGUAUUGAUCAAGAGGUGGAGAAUUCUUAAAGCUUUACAUUCGUUUUCUGUAAUUGCUUAGUUGACUUUGGGUAUCAGGCGAGGAAGUGUUAGAGCUUCUAGAGACUAAAUUCCCUGGUAGAGGAUUCAAGCAAGGUUACGGCAUGACCGAAAGUACAGGAUGUAUCACAACACAUCCACUUGACAAGCAUUCAUUCCAAUAUGCAAGGACUGGCGGAUAUUUGGUUGCAAACACCGUGGUGAAAGUGGUAGACAGCGAAGGGAGGCAAUUGGGUGUCAACGAACAGGGCGAGAUACUAGCCAAAGGCCCGCAGAUAUUCCCUGGCUACCUCAACAACCCCACUGCCACGGCCUCCGCCUUCGACGAGUCAGGAUUUCUCCGCACUGGCGACAUCGGAUCCAUCAAUGCCGACGGCUUCAUCGUGAUCCACGACCGCAUCAAAGAAAUGAUUAAAGUCAAAGGCGUCCAAGUUGCUCCAGCAGAGCUGGAAGACCUGCUACUAGGCCAUGAAGAGGUGGAGGAUUGUGCUGUGAUUGGCGUGCCGGAUGAUCACGCUGGGGAGAGACCAUUUGCUUUCGUUGUUUUGAGGGAAACCAACGGGGAGGAUGACGUGGAGAGGAUGGAUAGGGCCAGGGAGAAGUUAAUGGAGUAUGUGCAAGCAAAGAAGAGGAAAGGGAAACGGCUUGUGGGUCUCAGGUUUGUGGAGAGUAUUCCGAAAAGUGCGAAUGGGAAGAUUUUGAGGAGAUUGUUGAGAGAGGAUUACGCAAGAGAGGUUGUGAAGACAAGAGCGAAGUUGUAGAAUACACAGGUGGAUUUAGAAAGACAUACUGUACAGAGCGUUUAGUUCAGAUAUUGCCAGACUUGAUGAGAGACCAGCUUAUUGACUUGAAGUUUUGUAUAUCUUCCAAUCACUGCAGCCACUAUAGUGCUGCUCAAGAGUCAUUGGACUUGGCAUGACAGUCAACUACCUGGAUCUAGGUCUACGAAUUUGACAAGUCAUUCACGUAAGGUCUUCUCCAAUGUCGUAAGUGAACAAACUCCCGUAAAACUGUCACUACCUGGACUAUCAAAGUACCAAGUCCCGUAACCGCGGACAUCUCUCCAUCCACUCGUCCGUCUCCAUAUUGGUCUACCCGAUCUGCAUUGCAUUCCUUCUACUGCAGGGCAGAACAAAGAUCCGACACUUUGCAUCACAUCACAUUCUAUCACUGUAACCAUCCUUCCCAUCAACCUGCCAGCAGAGCAGGAGAAAAGACCCCGGUCGAUCAAAGGCAGCAACCAUUCACCACCACCUCAACAGUGGCAAGGCACCGAGAGAACCCCCGAUGUAUUCCGUGGAUUGGUUUAGUUUCAUGCAUGUAUGCACCUCUCUCCUAAUUCCCUUGCCCUAAAAAUUCCCAACAGACGCACCAGCGGCCAAGAACCCCCAAUAAAGCUAAACAAGGAUCCAUAAACGGAAAACAAGAACCGUCUCACCAUAUAUCUGGUAUUUUCUCUUUAGCUCUUGUGUCGUGAGCAUUAAUUCGAUGUCGUUGUAUUGUAACCUCGUUCUGUGUGGCUGCCUCUCGCGAGCCGCGCUCACUGGUGGAAAAUACAAUGUUCCGUGGGAGGCGCCACAGUCUGACUCGGUCGCUGAUGCCGAGAUGAGGGGGUUCUGAGUAUGACCCUGGAGGGCUUGAUAAAGGAAGUAGCUCGGUUCGUAAGGGGAGGAAUUCCGAUUGUCGUAAGACGCUAUUUGGGGAAAGUUGAGGUGGCUUUGAGGAUGUCAGUUGCAUUCGGGAGUUCAAAAUGGGUGAAGGAUAGACGAGCCGUGUACGGCCCGGACGAUCGUGAAGUGGUGAUUCAUUACAAGUAUGUGCUACCACGCGGAGAAUAUUCAAACCAACAUUAAAGAUGUCUUGAGGGAGUUGUAUACGUGGGAGGCUUGAAUUAGAUAAUUCAGUUGGCUUGCGACACGUUGAUCUUUGAGUUAAGGUCUGUGGAUUAAGAAUGUUUAUUUUGUUAGUACUCUAUGGUUAAACUCCAAGACCCAAGCGAGAAGAAACAGGGAAUGAGGCCCUGGCGUUGAGCAGGUUAGGUCUAAUUGAUGCGCAACGCGGAUCGUCUUCUUUACCAUACACGACAUCGAGUGGAACUGAUUUAUCCCGCGGCAAAGAUAAUCCACUAUGUCGUUGCUGGCUGCUUCUGGUAAGAGGAGAAAUGAUGGUUUGAAUGUCACGGCAGAAAGAGGCGCUCAUCAGGACUUCAACAUGCAACAACUAUUGUGGUUCUGAUGCAGCGCAAUAAUGCCUGUUAAUCCCCUCUCAAUUUCAGCUGGAUAAAGUCAGAGAUCGAAAUAAAGACAGAGUCGAGGGCUAAGAAGACGUGAAUUUCGUCAGUGCGAAUGCACUAGGCAAAUUUCAAGGUCAUUGGAGGGACGGCUUGCCCUGCCACUCAACGUAUCACGACCUUUGAGAACGGGGAUGUAAUAGAAAGAUGAGUGUGACCUGGCCGGAAAUAAGUAGAGAAUAUUGAAAAAAAAAGAAUAGAAAAAAAAACCCCCCCGUGAAAUAAGACAGUCUAGACGCGCAGCAGACAUGAACACAGAAGAUAGUCGACUUACAAAGGCAUCAGCCAUCGGAAAGAGGAGGAUGAUAGUCCAAAUAGCAUCAUCAUUGUCCCUGGAAAGUAAAAGUAGGCUCAAAGAAAUCGGUGCCUCCGAUCCAAUGACACAGCUGCCCUAAAACAUAUAUCCUCAGCUAUUUCGUUCGCAGCUCUGCGGUUGUGGAGUGGGAAGUCCUAUCAGCGAAGCAUAUUGCUAGACUGUCGACUCUAAUCUUCUGGACCAGAAAUGAUUGGGCAUGCAGCUUUCAGAAGGCGGGAUGCUUGGACAUUAGUUCGUCAGCAUGUGAUGCUCCCAGUAGUUCAAAAUGAAAUGACGCUGUUGGAGAAAUCUGUCGUCUCCAGUGUCCAGCCUUUCACCUGUGGUAAGAACUCAAUCCUGCAUCGUGCUGUUGGUCUGGGAGCCACGUGCGAAGGUCUUAUGGAUCUAGUUUUAGAACGGAUGAGAGGAUGAUAGAGAUUUGGUGUCGUACAACAUUUUUUGACUUGCAUCAAGCCAACUCUGGAGUCGAGAUGUGGUUUGCCAGGGGUGUCCGGAUGCCACCGUUGAGCGGGCGGCUAUGCCUGAGUAAAUUCAUCCUGAAGCUAGUCCACUCAAAUGCAACGGUGGCAUCUGGCACUUGAAAUUGAUCCGGCUCGUGCGCAACACCAAAUAUCAGAAAUACAUCUGUGCCGCAGUACCUUAAUCUAAGACAUAUUGCGAAGCAGGUGAAGUGCCGCAAUGUAAUCAAUCUCUACCAGUUUGUAUCACAUCUGUUUUCCUGAAAAGGGAGAGCUUGCGAAUGCGGACUGAGUGGAAUAUCAAAUAUUCUGCAGCCGCAGCCGCACCCGCUUAAGGUUGUAAGACUGUCCCCUGAGGAGUCGUCGGAUAUUGUUUAGUUGGCUCUGUUAUUGGACCCCUCUGUAUGAUCUGCGACGAUGCCCAGCCUAAGACAGGACCACACUGUGCCGUGUGCAAAAUUGGAUCGGGGGGAUGAAGAAGAGAUCUCGUCUGUUGCCAAGUGGUGCGUGCUUGUCAGAUAUACUGGCACCACGGCCCGGACAGGGGCAAGGGAUGCAUUAUUGCGCGGGAGUUAUGGAUGGAAUCGGUGCUUACCCGUGGACUCCACCACCGUCUCCAUGUUUACCUCAGACACAGACAUGGGUACGUUCCCUGCGUGGACAGAUCCUUCUUCUAUCCCUGCACCGCACCACGCGCAACCAAACUUUGGACUUCCAAAGCGCAUGAAUAAAUGAAGGGACGAAAGCUGCUGAGUAAUGCGGCGACCGUCAAAAUGCGACCAUGAGGCGCGUGGUGAUUGUGCUUUGCGGCAUAGUAGCAGACUACAUUGCGUGUGGACGGAUUAACUACAGCAGACCAAGACCCUGGGAGCAUCCAAAUGUUCCCAUUCCUGGGACGGGUGUUGGUGAUGAAAGAGGCAGGUGUUUGGUCGCCGAUAUCCCCUUUGAGCGAGCGAGAGCAUUUGCUGGGACAGGAGUGGGCUGUUGCGCCAUGUGUGGCUGGGAGGGCAACCUGAGAUCUUUCUGGAAUCCUUAGGAGAUAGAAAUGGCCUUCGUGUAUGCAGGCACGCAGUCAUCCACAUGCGGUAGCUGUUGACAUCGGCCCUUCAUAGUACCAAGAUGUGAGAGGCCGAAGUAUCCUCGGUGUCGGGAUUUCGCAAGAGGAAACUCAAAAACAAGUCGUCGCAUGAGCCCCCAGAUUAUCGGUCCGAUCGGUUCAGCGUGUGAAUCUGUUAAUUGUUGUCUAGUAGUCCUUGACUUGGCAUUUAUUUGAGACAAUGAUACGAGUACAGUUCUCUG